AUGCGAUGCGCGAGCAAGGCCGCCGAGAGCGCGUCUGCACGUCUCUGUGCGGACGCCGAAGCAGAAACAACAGCAACUGAUGUCUCAUCGGUUGCUGAAGCGACCCAGCCUGUGUCACUUGGCGAUGCACGCGCUGGUCAUGAAGACACUCGUGUCUUCACAGAGUACGAGCUCGGUGUCUCGUACUCUCCUGAUACAGAUGACGGAUCCGUAUCGACGGCAAUUGAAUCCAAGCCGCCUGCCAAGCGUGGCAUGGACGAUGCUUUGCGUCGCAGCAUCUUUGGUUCAUCUGAUGAGUCAGAUGAACCAUCGCCGAAGCGAAGGCGCUCGAGGUCGCGAGACUCGGGCGCUAAUAGUGGUGUCGUUUCUCCAAUGGACACCACUUCACAGCGAGGUGCCAGUACUUCUGUCGGCACGUCGCAGGAAGAGCGGGACCGCAAUGUGUUGCGUCUCGCUCCUGAGAAGAAGGCAUGGAUGCCUCCAAAAUCCGUCAUGGAUCACUUGUCGGCGACGACGAGUGAUCGUUAUCGAACACGAUUGUUCGAUUCGUCAAGGAUCCAUCACCUUGACCCCAGCGCGAAGGACUAUCGCGCUGAAACGAAUUCUUCAUCGAUGCUUUCUUCAGACAUCGAUGGUACAGUGGGAAUCACAAACGUGAUGGUCCCUCACUACUUCAGGCGUGGAACGCCUACAUCCAUAAUCUCGAGGAUGUAG